AUGCGCCUCCUAUCACUCUCCCUUCUCGCCGCCGUCGCCGCCGCCAUCCCCGCCGCCGAAAAGGCUUGCUCGGGCGUCGGAUUCCCCUGCGGCAAUGCGACCGUUACCGCGUACGACUGCUGUGUUCCUCUCGUCUGUGUGCCUGGCGUGAUUAUACAUAGGGGAGAGAUACUAAUGGGUGCCCAGAGACCGGUUUGUCAGGUUCCUCCUCGUCGGCUUCAUUGA